AUGUCCUGCGGCAAGGACUCUAGCCCAAACAAAGAGUACAAACCCCUGCACAACAUCUGUGAAUUCCUCAACGCCCUCCACAUCUACACCGACGAGGCCCGUCACAAUAUCACCCGGUACGUGGAGGCGACCCACUACUGCGCGCACGUCCGCUCCGACCUGCGCCAGUGUCUCAUCUACGACUCGCCUGAGAAAAACGCCCGGCUGAUCGGGGUGGAAUACAUGAUACCCAAACAUGUCUACAACAGCUUGCCGGACGAGGAGAAGAAGCUGUGGCACUCGCACGACUUCGAGGUGAAAUCUGGCAUGCUCGUUCUUCCCAGACCAGAGGGCGUGGAUCCGGACGAGUGGGAGCGAGCCGAGACGGAGGCCAUGAAGGAGAUUAUCGGCCUCUACGGCAAGACCUGGCACUUCUGGCAGAUUGAUCGCGGCGAUCCCCUGCCGCUGGGGUAUCCGACGCUGAUGGGCUCGCUCACCGCGGAGGGUCAGGUCGAUCUGAAUACGGCGCUGAAGGAGCGGGAUGCCCGGUUCGGCGUCGAUCAUGUCAAGAAGGCGGAGCAGCGGAGAGGCAUCGAGAAACCAGAUAUUCAUCCCCUGGCUGAUUCGUGGUGGAAAGAGGGCCGCAAGUGA